AUGACUGGUCGUGGAAGGGCGGCGCCCAUUAUCCUACCUCGUCCCGAUCCGACCCUCGAGACUCGGCCGGUGCCUCGAGAGCGCCACUACUCUGUGCGAUCAAUUGGUCCAGGCUCUGCGCCUGGAGCCCGAGAACAGUUCCAAUCAUUAGAAGAGGUGAAGCAACAAGCUAACGACACCGGACUGAACCCCAAGCUUUACGAAGAGGAGGAUAUCAGACUGCUUCUCAAGCUUCUCACGAGCGAACAUGACAUAGAUUGGCGGGAGGAUAGGUCUCGCGAUGAGAUCCUUGACCCGACCUGGGGGCCUACUUUCAUGGUCACAGCCUACUCCGAAAACGCCCUAAAAAACCUUGACCAGGCCCUAUUGAACCUUGUGGAGGCCUGUUGUCGCUUUCUCUUCAAGGAUCCUCGCUUCGAGGCAUAUGCGCAAGAAACCUUCAAGCGGCUUAGGUUUGACGUAAUUGAUGAUAAAGACCUGUUAGAAAAUGCAUCGGACGACAGAAUCAGAGAAGAAUUUAAUGCGCAUGUCCGAUCUCUGCGGCUAUUUAGAGAAGACUUGGAGGACGAAAUUCGCCGUGCUGAAAUGCUAGAGCAUAACCUCAACCGACCGAUUGGGCCAAGGCGCUAUGACUUUUGCAUUGCAAUGGGCGAGAGGACCAUCGAGGAGCUAGCGCUACUCGUAUUCUCUGACAAGGAGGAAGAGAAUGCUUCGGUAUUGAGGGCUGUCUCUGUCAAGGUCAUCGAACGCUGUUGGUAUUAUCCCGAGGAGGCGGACCAUGAGUUGGUUUAUGGCCGUGGACCCAACAAAAGGUACUAUGACGGGAAAGCCACCUGUCCUGUAUACGAUUUGCCCUGGAUCUGCGGGCAAUUGUAUGAUUAUUGUGGCCUUCAUGAGAUGUUUCCAUUGUCCCAAUACCAUAAGAGGCUUUAUUAG